AUGAUUUGGCGUACUACUCUCAGUGCCGUGCUUCUGCAUGCUGCCCUCGUGCUGCUGUUAUCAUGGCCCUGCCUGGGACAUCCCGCACAACCUCUUGACCUUCCGACAUCUUUUGGACAGCCUCUCCAAUGCCCUGCUAGCCAGGGCAGUCUCGCUGCCGCACUACCAACCUCAAGCCCUUUUCACAUACCCGCCUACCAGAGCAUACGUAUCGCAACUGGGGCAGACUUCGAUCGCCUGAUGCCGCUUCUACGGGCUUAUGUCCAGGAGCCCUCGCUUGCAGCGACCGUCACUGAGAUCAUUCUUGACCUUGAUCGUUGGGAUGGGACGACUUAUGCUCCUUCGACACCUGACCAGCUCACAAGGGAAGGAGUAGAAUUGUUCUCGCCAGUAUUCGACAGUGCUUACAAUGCCAUCGAGAGUUACAUACACAACUUGGAAUUUGGCGGUGAGCUUACUAGGGACACGCUGUACUGGAUCAGAUGGAAGAUUUAUGAGCAAACGGGCGCCUGGGACGGACCAGCACGUCUCCGCGAUGAGUACAAUUCCCACUUUGCAGAGUCUGCCGCGGUUGUGCUGUUUUCCAUCUGCCAUAACAUCUCUACUCUACACAUCGGAUAUGUAGGCCCGUACGAACGCCCGAUACGUGGCUAUCUCAUCAAAUCCAAUUAUGGCCUGCUCUCCCAGCCCGGGCUGCAGAACCUGAGGAAUGUUGUGAGAAUUGAUGGCACAGUCUGUGGCGACAUGGACAAUAACUUCGUCGUCAUCGAGGUGUUGGAGUACAUCCAAUACUUUCACCGGCUUCCUGCGAUUGAGUCCUUCGCCAUGGAUGGCGUGCAGGAAUGGGAACCCGAAAGGACCAUCUUCGUCCCGUGGACAAGCAACAUCAAGAAAAUCCACAUUGGGCAUUCGGCCUUCUAUGCCCACACGUUUGAUACAAUAGUCUCUAUACCUAAGGCACUUGAGGAGCUGGAGAUAUCUGUAGGAGGGCUUUCCUUCUAUCAUGGCGACGAGGUCUUCUUUCACCCUUCAAGAUUGGGCGGAGCGCUCGAAGCGCACAAGAAGACGCUGCGGUUGCUGGACCUGGACAUUGACUGCGGCUUCCAAUUCAUCGAGCCCAAACACUGGGAGCGUGAUGACCUCAUAAACCACUGGGGGUAUGACUGGGAGUGGUUCAAUUACAGUAAAAGCGUGUACGGGGACGAGUAUUUCCAAAUGGAUGCCGAUAUAUCAUCUGGGCCAGUACAGGUGCUGAAGCCCAACGACAGGCCCGGCACGACGAUCGGGUCUUUCCACGACUUCUAUGCCCUCACGCGUCUGAGCAUAAGCAUCAAAGCAAUCAUGGGCUACACGCAUCCAUGGGAGCCUCCGUACGAGCUCUACCGACCGCCUCCAUCUCAUCUCAUCGAUAUUCUGCCUCCGAGCCUCGAGUACUUAUGCAUCUAUGGCUACAUUCUGGGAGCGAAUCCAUACUUUGAUUACCAAAUCGAAGAGUUCAUGAAAAACAAGGCGAAGCGGCUGCCCAACUUGAAAGAAGUCUGGGGAGUGGACGUGACGGUGCUUGGGGCGAGCGGGACAUACUCGGACUGGCCGGAUGACGUGUUUUGGGUGAGACCUGUGAAUAGACUGGACUGGAGGGAAAUCAGUCUUGGAUAG